AUGAGCGAAGAAAAUGAACGCACCCAGAAGGCAGAUGAUGAUGAUGUAUCCUCCUCUGGCACUGAGUCUGACAACACCAAUCCCGGACAGGACUCGAAAAACAAGACCCAAAAGAAAUCGGUUCUCCGGGCACUGGAAGCAACUUUGCAUGAGAUCAAAGUGAAAAAAAAAUUGGUUGAAAAGCUUCCCCUCAAAGACUUGCAAUGCCUACUCCAGAAGACAGAAGACCAAGGAGAACCAACAGCCCUUCACAUGCUUGCGAAAAUGGCUAAAGAUGACCUUCCCCGGGAGAGUCACCUGAGGCCUCUCGUUGAUUAUCUUGUCAAGGGACUGGGUGAACUUUUGUAUGAGAAGGAUGAAAAUGCUGGCUUGACCGCACUACACUAUGCCAUCUCCCGCAAGAAUCGAAUAAUAGUGCGUUUGAUAUGCCAGGCGAGUGAUGACAUCGACCGGAUGCUGGAGAUUCCAAGUAGGAACAUGUCGAAAAAUUGCAUUCACAUGGCUAUCGACAAAGCGGAUGACAAAAGGAGCACCACUAUGGCCAGGAUGCUGGUCGGUUUAGCCUCGGAGGAAACAUUGAGCGCCAAAACUGACGAUGGCAACACCCCCCUUCAUUUGGCCAUUGCAUAUAAUCGAUGUACUGGAAACCGACUUGCGCUAGUCCAGGAUAUCGUUAAUCGAUGUGACAGUUACAUCAUUAGUAAGACUGAUGGGGGUGAUUUCAACAACGCGGGCCAGUCACCCUAUCGUCUGCUCCAGGAGCAGAAGUCCAAGGAAGAAGAGCGCCAAAAAAAUAAAGGUGGAAGGGAGGAGGAUAGAAAGGAAGAGAAGGAGAAGACAAAGCUAAAUAAGGACAAGCGAAAAGAAGGGUCCGGAAGGGAUGGUUACAAUGAAAGCACAAAAGUUUUCAAUGACGCCAAACUACUGCCCCAAGAGAAUACCAAGCCACUACGCCGGAGCAGUACGAUAGUCGGCACUAAAAUUCCCCCAAAAGCGCCUGCGCAGCCAGAGAAGGCGAUUGGCUCUCAGAUAUCCGGGGUGGUGUUGGACAAUCCCGCCGUUGCAGGUCACACACCGGGCGUCAUGGGAAACGAUGCAACGUCCCAAGCUACAAAGACACAAUCAGGUGUGCCAGUCACAGAGGUAGAAAAGAUUCUGCAGUUUCUUAAAACGCACUAUCUUCGAACACGAGAUCACGAUGCUGCUAUAGAGAUCCUGUAUGGCUCUGCAGAUAUGACGAAAGACGCUCAGAAGGACAUCUACCUUGAUCUCAGGGACAAAUCUGAUUUGACCCUAAAAGGUAUCAAGCGAAUAACAUCGUCACUGAAAUUCGAGGAUACCCUUCAGUUUGUUGACUUUCCGCAAAUUACCAAGACUGAAGAUUUUCGAACAACUGAGGCCCCCAAGGCAAACAUGAAAAAGCGACAGACGAAUUCGAAUUACGGUGGACGAACGGACAUGAUAGAGGUGUUUAAAUUGUUGACUGGUGUCAGGAGAAUACUAGAGGUCAUUGUGGACGACCUGAAAGAGCCAGCGCAGAGCGACUCUUGCAUUGAAAGCACUCUCCGUGACAAAGGAGUCGAAAUUUGGAACUGGCAAAAGAUCGAUAUGUGCUCCGAGGUUAUCCGCACCGCCGCGCCAGAUGUGAAAACGUUGCAUCUGUACUGGAGUGGAAAGAAUGCAGUUCUCCGAGGCUGGAGUGAAAAAGACGGCAUACCACAGUUGAAGCAUCUUAGGAAGCUUAUCCUGCAUAUCCAACAGGAGGUUGAAUCCACAUUGCGCAUCAAGGAGAACGUAAAUGAAUUUGAAAGGCGCAUCAAAGAGCAUAUUAUCGAGGCGAGAGGGAAGAUCUUGGCGGAAGAAAAGGCCGAAGAGAUUUGCAGUGCAAUAUAUCCAGUGAUCAAGAAGAAGCUAGCGGACAAAAUUCCGGAAAACCAGGUUGACAAUUAUAUCAAGGCCGUUGCCGACGGGUUGAAGGAAAACCUAGAGGCCAAAAUUGCAUCUGCCAUGGCUGAUCUCGCAACGAAAACCAAUAUUCUAGGAAGCCCAGAAGUUACCCCGGAUGAGGAAGCGAAAAAUCUGGCGAAACAGAUUGCCUCUGAGAUAGCUGGAGAUAUCAACGAAGAUACAACUGCCUCGAUGGCUAAAUUCAUAUCCGGUGAAAAAGGAAGCGAAGGAUUCAAAGAUAUUUCUAAGGAAAUUGCAAUUAAGAUGAUGGAGAGGCUGACCAAAGUGGAUGUCGAGGUUGUAUCUCCACAAAAGCUCGCAGGCAGAAGUUCUGUGGUGUCAAACUCCACCCCUGUUGUUGACGAGCCACAAAAGCAUGAGUGGAUUCAAAUUAUGACUGAUUUCAGAGCCUGUCUUUACAACAUUGAAAACAGCGUGAAGCCUUCAGUUUCGGAAAAGAUACGGAAUGAAAGUGGACCUAUUGUGGUGGCACUCAUUGAUGACGGCGUUGAUAUCGACCGAGAGGAACUGAACUUGGGCAAUGGUAGAAAGAUUGAAGGAUGCAGCUUUUGCCCCCGGCUUAGCGACAUCAAGCGCAGGGUUCCGUACUACGAGUCAAGCGGGGGACACGGAACAAUCAUGGCUAGUCAGAUCCAUCGCAUCUGCCCUUGGGCUGAAUUGUACGUGUUGAAACUGCACGACCAACCGGACUCAGAGCAACGGCGAAUCACGGCCAAGAGCGCCGCUCAGGCAACCGUCAAGAAAAAGGUUCACAUCAUCUCCAUGUCUUGGACCAUCGCUGUGCCCUCCACGUCCUCCGCGUCCUUGACUGCCGAUUUUCAGGAACUCGAAAGGGCGAUCAAAGAGGCAGAGAAACAGGGAAUCCUCAUGUUCUGCUCGGCAAGUGACAAAGGGGCCCAUCAAGGUGAUACCUACCCAUCCAAACCGAUAAAGUCCAUUUUUACCAUCGGGGCAGCUACCGCAGCAGGCCGGCGCGAUGCUAUUGUGGGUGACAUGACCAAAGUCGACUAUAUCUUGCCGGGGACAUUGGUGGAGGGAGAGGAAAUCCCCGAUUCAGUGGUCAAAAAUGUGAAAUACUUUACCGGCUCCUCGGUUGCUACUGCUCUCGCAGUCGGUCUGGCGGCUCUGAUCCUAUACUGUGCUCAAAUUCGGAUGAUGCGUGCAAAGGAGGAAAAAGGUCAAUACAAGUUGGAGUCGGGUCACUUUGAUCAGCUGAAAAAACACGAUAAGAUGAAACAGGCAUUUGACAAUAUCGGCACAACGAACGACAACUAUCUCGAGGUCUGGAAGGUCUUUCAGAAAUCCACGAAGGACUUUGAGAGUCAGACUGCUGACGCCAAAUUCGCUAGAAUCAGAGAUAUGGUAGCUACUUUGUGUACCCACUUCUAG